CUCCCAAGGUCCCGGAUAACAACAGGAAACGGCCUCGCUAAGAAGAAAACCUCAGAUAUUGGUCAAAGUAUCCACAAUUUGAUCCAAUUUUUCCGCCAGUUACGGCUUCUUUGAGGAAACAUGGCCGAAAUAGACGAAUCUAAGAGGCCCUCUGUUCGUCAAGGUAAGAUAUUGCACCAAAAGUGUCGAACAUCGCGCAGAAGUGAAUCCCGUGAAAUCGAUGUGACGAGAUUCAAUGAUGAUCGCUUGACGUCGGAUUUGUGUAUUCGUCCAAUUUCAUGCAUGGGAAAUAAGUGACAAAUAGCAAAAUUGCUGCGUAUUUCAUUUAAAACGUUUUGAAAUGAAACGUACCAUUUUAAUUGUAAUGAUCUGAGCCUGUGUUCUUCAUGAUUUCAAACAUUUUUGUAGAAGAAAUACGGCAAACGUUCGAAUUUAUUUUGUUUCAUCCGAUCGACGGGUUCACAACUGUUCUCAAAUCGGUAUGUUGCUCAGGGAAGGUUAUCAGUUGUGCAAUUUUUUUGUUUCUUUUUGUAAACCACUCAAACUGUGUCUUGCACAGAAUUGAACUUUCGAUCCUAGUAGGUGAUGGGUGAAUUAACUCACAGCUGUUUAUCUGCCUGGACAAGCGGGGCGGUUACAGUUUAAAAUUUCACUUCGCAAAGUUUUAAAUUUUCUAAAAAAAAUUCAUGGGCACGAUACAGCCGAUUAUUCAAGCAGAACUUUAAAGAAACUAAUAUUUCGACGCGUGAUAAUCUUAUGAAAAAGACUUGACGGGCCAAAUGCAGCCGAUGGCGUUGAGUGAACCAAAUUGUCAACAGUUCGUAGCUUACGCCAUUUUUUCUCUCUCAUAAUUUAUCAUGCAAAGCCUUUCGAUGAUCAUUAAAUACUUGCCGGGAUUAACCACCAUUGUUCCAAAUUGUUCCCUUAGAUACAGUAAAGGGAGAAAUACAGCCCGAUCAAAAUACGGAAAAAACUUGCAGACACAAAUUACUGCAAAAAACUAAACGUCGAACGCCUGCAGAGAGAUAAAUUCUACUUUGGCUAUAUAUCAAUUCAAAUUCGUCUCUAAAUCUUAUAAACUUUACGUUACCUUAAAAAAAAAAUCACAUUUGAUGUGUUGCUAGGAAUUUAACCUUGUAACUGUAUAUCAAGCCUUGCUUUUUAUGUUAUAGGAAGCUAAUAUUUCUUCCGCCAACAAGGAAUACUUCUUGAGGAGUUUUUUUUCUACUUAAUUUAAAAACAUUUUGCUGAGAUUUGAAAUUAAAUGUCAUUGAUACUCAGUCGAGGUUUAUUACUGAACGUAAACAUCGAUCUCGAUUGAAUAAACUAGGUAAUUGACAUUUCCUUUUUCCUUACGUACUUACAAAUAUUUUAUGUGACAAAACUCUGCAAUGGUGAACUUCGUAAUCGCGUGCAUCCUUUAAAAUCUGAAAUUGGAUGAUGAAAUCAUUAAGUGUUGGAAAAAAUACAUUUAUUUUGUUUUGGAGUGUUCUUUACUAUUUUUCCUUUCAGUACAAUAAUUGUUUAUAAUACCUACAUAAAAUUGCUUUUUACAUAUAAGAUCAUUUAAGGAAAUAUAAGCAAAUGCAAUUUUGAUUAUAAAUUUUUUUGCCAAAAUUUGAUACCCAGCGUGAGGUAUUUUUUUUGUGUUAUUUAUAAUCCAAACAGAAAGUUGUACUUAAUGGCAAACACGUCCGUCAAGUCGUGCUUUUAAGAUCUCAAAAUCAUGGUGUGAUCUGAAACUCCUGCACUAAUGAGCACCAAGUGGAUCCCUUCUGCACAGCUGUUGCUUAAAGAUACAAGAAUAAUUCUAUUUUAUCCACUUUCUUAGGUUUGGUAAUUGUUUCCACAUCAUCAAGACACUGUCUUAAUAAAAACAGUCUAUGAACAAUAAGUAACCGCAGGUCCAGUAGCAUUGAGAAUGCUCCUUUGUUUGAAAACACAAAUUGGCUUAUUUGGAGUCUUUCUUUGUCUUGAACAUCAUUUGUUUUCAAAUGUCCUAUAUGACAAAUAAAAGUUUAAUUUUAAUUGAUGUCAAUGAUUUCAUUUUAAAAAAAAAUUGACAUUGCUGGUUUGUGAUUGAAAAGGAUGUGAAUAGAAGUUUUAAUAGAUUCAGUUCUUAGAAAGGUUCGUAGAUGAAAUUUUGGACUAAUUUGUGGCCGUUGUAAAUUGCAUUUUAUUUGUUUGUUUGCAAUUAAACAAUUAUAAUAUGUAUUUGAGAUAUGUAACUACUGAUGAGGGCAAAGCCCAAAUCAACUGCCAUGCAUGGAUGUGGGGAAUGGAUAAUCUGAUUUCUCUUUUGGAAUAAAUCUGUUAGUUGUUCAACACUUAUCUGUUAUGAAAUAGAUGACAAGUAGCAAGUUAGCGCAACCAAUCAGAUCCUAGCAUUUGUGAUAGAAUACUGGCAGGUUGAUACUGAAAUUUAUGAGGCUAGUAAUGAAAUAAAUCAAAAGUAGAUCAUCUCUUAAAAGUCUAUUUGGAAAUAGUGGAGUUGAUUGAGGUACGUUUUGUGCUUUAGUGGGCGAAACAGAGGGUUAAUGAUUUCCAGAGCCUCCAAAUUUGAUUUGAAUUGCCUAUUUUUUCCAGUGUGCCAGGACUUCAUGGUACGAGAAGAUGGAGCAUUAGCUCAAAGGCUGCAGGAUGAAGAAUGUGAGUUUGCCACCCUUUUCUAUAUUUGUUCUUUUUCUGAUUAUUUGAAUUAAAAUUUUACCUCUUUUGUGUUUGUUUGUCAUUGGAAAUAAUUUUGUUAACCCUUUAACUCCCAUGAGUGACUAAGACAGCAUUUCCCCUUACAAUAUUAUUACAAUAUCAACCAGAUAAGUGAUGAGAAUGGAGAAGAAUAUCAAUUUGGGGAUAAUUAGUUGAUCCAAUACUAAAUUCUCUGAACUAACAUUAUAAUAAUUGUAUGGUUGACAGUAAGGAGAAUUACGAAUGCGAUCUGGGAGUUAAAGGUUAAGGUUUCUUUUGACCAUGGAAUACAAAUUGUUAUCUGUUUCCAGCUUUCGACUUCCAUGGCUAUUUUCAACCCUCAGAGUUCUACAAUAUCACAAACAAUUAAUGUGUACAACUAACAAUGACUAAGAGUGACCAGCAUCUAUUUUCUCCUUACAAUAUCACCCCUGAAUCAAACAUUAAACAUCAUCCCAAAAAUAAAGGCAAUGAUUGCCAACUAAAGACUGAAGCUCUCGAUUGUUAAACAAAUUCUCCUUGUCAGCACCUCAGGAAAUAUAGAGAGAGGAGUGUGAAGAGUAUGCAUACUGAUGUUAUGCUGUAAGGGGUUACUCUAAUUGUAUCUCGGUGACAAACCCUUAUGUGUGUUAUGCGUUGAAAACCAGUAACUGUGAUGCAUUGGGUUUGAGGUUGUUUUCAAGAUUUGAUGUUGUCUUUCAUACAGUUGGCGAUCACUACCUUAGGAAUCGUAGUGAACGGAAAACAGUCAGAGAGAAUGUCAAUGCUGCAAAGAUUACUUAUUUAGAAGAAGUCAAACAGGCUCAACUCCUGCCCAGUGAGGAACUCCAACACAUGUAUGGAUUUUUUAAAAUAUUUUUUAUAUCAGUUUUAUAGUAUGAAAUAAAUUGUAUAACUUCAUAUUUUAUUAAUGCCUCUUACAAACUGAGUUUGAUAUCCAUUCUGUAAGUUACAGACCAAGUUUUUUUCUGCUUAGAUUUAUGGCUCAAGCAUGAAGUGGGCAUGCCAUGUAUUUGAGCUAAAAAUGAAGGUUCUGUAACUUACAUACGUGAAAGAAUUGCUCAGUUCUGAUUGGUUAAGAUAAAUGCAGUUUUCGGGUAAUUCAAUGCAGAAGAGGGUCAAUUUAGUGCAAAGAAGUAACAAACCAGACAUUCUGAUUGGUCAAUAAUCAAAGAGCUCACAGAUAGCCAAUUAAAUGCAAGUCUUGGAUGUGGCAACAUUUGGAUACGCUGAAAAUUUGCAAGUGAGCGUUUUAAGUAGGUUUUCUUUCACCACCGCAACAACAAUACAGAAGCUGAAAAACAGCUUUUACAAUAAAAACACAGUAAAAAGCACUGCUUUUUGGUUGUCAGUUUGGAAAAAGUGGUGUUUAGAGAAGGGAAUUUCCAAUGAAAUAAACAAUUAUGAGCCAACCCAGCUUAACACUUUGCUCGAGCAAUUCUAAGCCAAAAUUAAAAACAAACAUGGUUAAACCUUGCAAAUGACGAUUCCAUUUCAUCAAAAGUGAUUCGAACACAGACUGAACAAUUCCUUGAACUGUUUAGCUGCCCUUCGAACUUUUUUGCACCUUAAAGAUGUGAAAAUAUCACGAGGUUGUCUUGAUGGAAUGCACAAUGUCACUUGCAGGGUUUGAAUAAAUUAUUUUUGCACUUGAUGCUUGCGCUUUGCUUCUGCAUGAUAAGGUAUCUCAUAUUUUUUCAUGUAUUUUAUUAAUACAUAAUCACAUGAUUUUUCUUGAAUGUGCAAUUUGGAAUAAAUAAGCACUUGUAAAUUUUUUCAAAGACCACAAAUUGCACCCACCCUACAGGCUCGUGCAAUUUUGUUAGUCUAUGAAAAAAUUUACUUGUGCUUAUUUAUUCCAAAUUGCACAAGAAAAAUCAUGUGAUUACCUAUACAUGUGGACUGAGAACACGAGGGUGGUAAGAGAUUUUAUUAUAUCAAACAAACUUUUGAAUUAAGCAGUCAUGCCUUUAGUCUGAUGCUUAUGAAUGUGGUAUAUUUUAUACAUUUAACAUAAUGCCUCUUCAAAAUUGUUAAUUUGUAGAAAUUGUGCAAUAAGCAAUACAAAAAAUGCACUGAAAGUCUUUGGAUCAUGUACAGCCUUCUAGAGAUAUUCUGUCACUCUGAAACAAUAUUAGUUUGGGAUACACUAAGCUGUCUUAUUUACGGAAAGGCCAAUAUCAGUUUCACUUACCUCCAGCAAGUAGUAACAGUGGUGUUUAGGAGGCACAGUUCAAAUCGUGUCAAAACCUGAAGUUUUUCCAGCUUCUUUUCUGUUACAGCUUAAAACUGCUGUCCACUGACAAGGAUACUUUUUUCACUUGCUUGAUUAUAUAAUUAUUACAGACCGGUAUUGAUUUGGAUAAUUUCUCAUUCAAUGUAAAUAUUGAACAGGAAAUACUGGUAUUUGAUAACAAUGUUAUCGCUAAUGACCAAACUGUAUGAGGAAAUAUUAGUUGUCUGUGAUGUGAAAAUGUCUGGAAUGUAAUGAAUAUCAGAUAUGUGUUCCAAAGUGAAGUGAAUCAUUUUACUGGAAUGCGUUAUAUUCUAUCGCCAAAUUAUUUGAGCUGAAAGCAUUGUCUAUAAUUAGACACAGCAUGGAGUUUACUAUAAACUAGCGUGUCAGAUCAAUAUAUUUUCUUUUCGGUGUUGAUAAGAAGCAUGUGUAAAACCAUCAAUCAUUCUUUGAUGUUAACUAUCAAAAAAUCCUAGAGUAGAAUAGAACAGUCAGCAAUUCACAUUAAUUUUUUCAGUUUGUCUCAAUGGUUGUUGAAACUUCACUGUAAUGUGCUGAUACUGAAAAAGCGUUUUGUAGGAUUUUUUUCUUUCUGUGUGAUUGGUUUUAUUUUGAGUGCAUGAGCCUUUCUGUCAUGCGUUUUAAUAAUGAUUUUGAGAAAUUAGCAGGUCAUAUUAUAAUAAGUAAACCAUUAAUAAGGUUCUUUCAAGAUCAAACCAGUUUUCACUGCACCUAGUAAUUCACAUUUUCAGUUUUGCUUCGUGGCUUUUUAAACUUUGCAGUAAUGUGCCAAGACAUUGCCCUUGAACUUCCAAGAUCCAAUCAUAAAUUCUCCCCUCUAGCUGCUGCACAUUUUCUUGUAACUUAGUCACAAGAAUUUGAUGUUAGAUCAAGAUAACAACUAAUACGUGAUAGGUUUUUUAUCCUCUCAUUUAUUUACCCAUUUGCUGGAUAAUGUAUGGAUGAUAUGGGGAAAAGUAGCAAGUUGAUCACUUCUGUUGGUUUUCUUUUUAUUUCUCAGUUGGUUUUUUUCUUUCUUUUUUGCGAUAAGUUUAAUUUUAGUACCCUAGAUUUACCUUGUGAGAUGAAAAUAUUGUGUUCAUGGGGCGUGAAGGAUCAGUUCCUACUGAGACAAUGUCUUUGAAUUGGUGAUAAUGGCGGAAGAUAAAAAUGAUAUUGGACUUUAUGUAAAUAAAAAUUAAAAGCAUUUUGUGAUAAUCCCUUGUUAUUAAUACUGAUAUUAUCUGACUCAGUGUGCCUGCCUCAGGGUGACAAGGUAUCUCUAGAAGGCUGUAAACGAUCCAAAGACUUUCAGUGCAAUUUUUUGUUUUGCUUAUUACACAAAUGCUACAAAUUAACAAUUUUGAAUAGGUAUUUUGUUUAUCAAAUAUAUUGCAUGACCAUCAGACGAUUGCAUGACUGUAAUGUAGGCAAUAUCAUUAUAAUUAAUUCAUCGGAAGUAAAACAGAAAUAAUUUGAAGCCACGUUGGCUAAAGUCCAUUCAGCAUAGCACAGUUAUGCAGCGGAUAGCAAAACGUUCACUUCUCAAGAGUGAUUUAGAAAUUCUGUUCAGUUUGGUGAGUAAACAUCUUGAAACUGGUUGGGAUUUUUGUGCAUAGAUUGAUGUUUGUACUGUUGUUUUUUUUUUUGGAAUCAGUACUAAGUUUAAUUCUUUUUAAAGCGGCUGAUUUUUAUGUUUCGUUUGUCAGUAUUUAUUGCCAUAAAUUGAAACAGCAAGGGAAAUAAAGAUUACCAUGGUUUAAAAGAAUUUGAGCAAAGGAAAAAAACUGAAGCAUGCAUGCACAACAUAUCCAUGCUUUUGGUUCGCUUUGAUAGUUCAAAGCAGCUCUGCUGUUCUCCUAAGGACUGUUUAUAAGCCAGAAAACUGUGGGAUUGCAUGACUUAGAAGAAAGUGAUUAAAAAUAUAGAUCACGUUAUCGGUAAAUAAUUCAUUUUUUCUUGCUUUAGGGCACAUCCAGAAGAGUGGCUUGCAAGUGAUCUUCAACAUAAACUACAAACUGAAGUGAGUACUUGAAAAUAUGUAUUUAGAAUUCUUCAAUGUUCCCCUUCGUAGAAACAACUGUAUUUUCUGUAGAUGGAGCUGAAGUUAGUGUUGAAUUGCUUUUAAUCUGGCAGUAUUCCAUCUAAACAUACAGCUGUAUCUGAAUUUUUCAUAAUCAAAUUGUACAUGAUGAUGUCAGUGAAUUUAUAAUACCCUUGCUUUGCUACAAAUGAAGACAACCAAAUUCACAGCUAUAACAAAAGACAUGUAAACUCCUUUUGUUUUCCAUUAUGGAGAGCAAACAUUUGGCAGUUUUCCAUUUUCUAUCAAGACCCAAGGUAUUUCAACUCUCCUACUCAAGAGAUCACUGGCUCUUCACGUUUUGCGUCCUUCUAAAAAAAACUUAAAAUAUCUAUUCUUGACCUCUCCUAAUUCUACUAUGGGCUAUUAAACGGUUUAUCAACCUAUCAUUUACUGUCUGAACUGUCUAGAGUCAUUUUGUCUUGUUCUACUUGUGAGAGACCCUAAAUUUACAAGCCUUAAAUUAUUUUUAUAAAAGCUUCCUAGCCACUAAUCUGUUUUGUUGUCGUUUUUUUUUUAAUCUCUACCAAUUGCUAUCAAUCAUUGUAAUUUUAUACAUUAUGGCAAAUAAAAUGGUGAAAUAAAUAUAAACGUUUUAGCAUCAAUCUGGUUUCAUUUCAGUUUUGAUGUAUGAUAUUAAAUGAAUACAUCCUGUUAUUUAGGAAGUAGAUUGUGAAAGAAAACGAAGAGAUUCUGAACUGAAAGACCAGGUAAACAUUGCACAUUUUCUGUCUUGUUACAUCUAAUAUGAACCAACAAGAUUUAUUUUUUUUUAUGUUAUCAAGGCUAAUUUGCUGUUGAUUAAUUUCAAAAUGUGCUUUGAUGAAUCAAUAUUUUUGCAAAUAACUGUAAUGGAUGGCUUUGAAGCCAUGUUAAAUUUUUUGCUGUAACAUCCAUAAGCCAGUUUCUUGAUCUGCUAGAUGUUAACAGAUUGUGUUCAAUUUUUGUUUACUCCUAAAAUUGUUUUGCUGAUUUCUUACCUUGCACAACUUUUUAUUGCUAAAUUCUCAUUAAAUCUGUUGAAAAUCAUGAACAAAUAACACUCUCCUGUGGAGCUGUUUACAUACAUGUGUCACUUCCUGAAAGCCUUUCACUUUCAGAGUAACCAAAAAUAAGUUAUUUCAUCGUUGUGUCAACAGAAAGACGUUGCAAAGAAUGAGAAUUUUCAUAUUUUGGACAUUGCUUAUUGAAAACCAAAUUCUCAAACCUAAUAUUAAUGAAAUGUUUGGCAGACAGGGAGGAGAGGUGAUGUAGCUAUUAACAGAGUGAAUGCAAUUCCCUUGUUCAGGGUCCACAGUUUAAGUGGCUUUGUUGUGAACUGCAUUGCAAAGAAUGUUUGUGAAAUUAAGUUCAAAACUCGUUAAGCAAUUUCCAAUUAAUUGGUCAAAGAAAUCCAGAAUUGAGUUGGUUUUUCUUGACACGCCCUGUGAUUGGUUUAGAAAACUCGCGCCACUUUCUCCACCAAUCAGAUGGAAAACUGAAAUCAAUCGUGAUCUAGUCAUUCGCAUUUUCCCGCGCUCCAGGCAGUUGGUGUUUAAUUACUCUGAGAUCUCAUUGGCUCGUUGUGUCAUCGUCCAUUCCUCUGAUUGGCCUUUGAUAUUACUUUGGUUUUGGUGACAUUCCAUUGGAAAGCGCUCUUAAUUCUUAAAAUGUACAAUUUCUUUUUUUUGCUAGGAGAUUGCAAGACAACUGCAAGAAAGAGAAGCUAUGAAACUCGAACGUGCAAGACAGAGAAGAUUGGAAAGACAACUUAAAGAAGAGAGGGAAAGUAAAAUUCUUCAGGAAGCUAUAUCAGGGUUGAACGAUCACAAUGACAAUCAAGUGAAUCACCAGCAACAUGCUGAAACUCAAAGAGGUUUGAUUGUUUACAAUUUUUGAUUUUAGUGUACUUGAAGUAUAUGUGACGCCGUAGAAUUUACACGAUAAAACGCAACACCGCUCUCAGAGAAAUGUCACUCUUGAUUGAACGAUGCACAUGGAUCCAAAAGGACCAUUAAACGCUGCCCCUAUAUGAACGCUGCACAUUUCGAUUGAGUGUCGUAAAACCCAAACCGAAGCAAUCACAAAAACCAAUCGGAACUUGAAAUAAAACAGGUUUGAGGCGCGGGAAAACGCGGAUGACCAAGUUGCGAUUGGCUUUAAUUUUGCAUUUGAUUGGUUGAAAAUUUGACGCUGGUUUUCUUAACCAAUCGCGAGACUGAGUAAAGUAGAAGCACCGCAAUUCCUGAUUACUUUCGAUACUCACUUAGAAAUUGCUGUAACUCCACAGUUUAAAAAAAUGAUUUAGUUUUUGAUGUUAUGGAAUUUAUUUCCUUGCAGCCCCUGCUCCUGUAGGAUUAAGGAAUGGUCGAUCUUCUCCGGAUACAGAGGAGACCAAGCCUCGUCGCCAUGUCAGAGGAGAAGGUAGCAAUGGUAGAGGGUCUGAAAAAAGAUACAGCAUUGGAGAAGGAGCUGUGGUGCAACUGCCACCCAGCGAGGGAGGACGAUUAGAAUGUGACAGGAUUAUCUUAGCUGAUGGAACAGCUAUUGACCUGUUUGACGAGAAUGAGGACAAGGGUGCUCGGGAGCAGGCGCAUAAGAGAUCUCGAGAGAGACAAGAUGAGGUAAAAACCAUGAAAUAUGUGCUUUUUUCAAGUGAUAAAAAAUAGUCCUCCGAGAGGACGUGUGCUUACUGGUACUAGAUGGCACACCUAGUUACAUUGUGCAUAUGAUUGCGGAAUUGUUAUCGGUGUCAAGUAAAUGAUGUCAGUGUAAUUAGAAUCAUAUGCUAUCAAAACAAGAUGGCAGGGUUUGUGGUGUGGUAAUGUUCGGGGUGAAACAGCUUCGGAAGUUACGGACUAUAAUCUCACUCACAACAUGAUGACAUAAUGCGUACUGGCCUUUUGCCAGUAAGCGCAAAAAUCAUUCAUUUCACUUCGGGAUCCGGAAGUCUUCGGAAAUUACGGACCAUUUCACUCACAACAUGAUGACUUAACGUGUACUGGCCUUCUGCCAGUAAGCACAACUAGUGAGCAGAACUGCACGAACUCAAAGAGUACAAACUUGUUUUACUUUUCUACGCGUUUCGUCUAACAGUAGCAGACGUAGUCAGGGAAUUUUUACAAGUAGGGUAGAUAAGUUUGCUUAUAUACACAUCGAUGUCUAUCUUCGAUAUCUCUUUUUUUUGUAAUAAAUCUGUGACCCCGAAACACUUAACGUACUCGUUCAUGUAACGUCCGAAAAAUGUCACGCAUGUAUAACACCUUAGUCACUCCUUACGAAUACUUUCCGCCUCGCUUCACACUAAGCGUAAAGGUCGAAAAUUGACCUCGAUGUCUGAUGAAUGAGCAAAAUGCUGUAGAUGAUGACGUCACCUAUGCGUCUUUCCUCCAAUAUUAGGUAUGAACCAAUCAAACGGCGGGGGUAAUUCACCUUACUACAUAACUAAGGAAAGAUAGAUGUAUUAUUUCAGUUUACAACUUUGGAGAUUUUUUUAUUGUUUAGGAAUAUGCAAGAAGGUUACAGGAGCAAGAAAAUAAGGUACGCUUUUUAUACUUACGAUGUUUCUCGUACUUUUGUUUCGGUCAUAUAUCUUUCACAGAAGAAAUGUUAGCUAUGUCGACAACAAGUACAUGUGUCUACCACACACGUGAAAAGUGCUUGUCGCGCGCGCUGAUUGCUGAUUGGCUAUUUAGCAAGUGCUAGUCAUUUCUAAAUUAAUUUAAUCAAUUUUUCGGUCUCUGUGUGGAAUAUGCAGAAACAAUUAUCCACCUCAGGGUCGGUGAAUAAUGGUGGAUAUUUACCUCACCGAUUUGCGGCUCGGUAAAUAUCCAUCACUAUUCACCACCACUUCGGUGAGUAAUUGUUAACUACUGGGAAGAUAAUCUCAAGAAUGUUUUUUAACCAUCCGUCUCUGAAUAUUUGAUGGUGUCCGCAACUGAAAUCUCUUCAGUAUAUGCGUGCCUAGAUAGUAUUGAAUUGUUUUAGGAUCGUUAAAUGUUUUACGGUUUGAGCUAACAACAAUUUAUUCCUUGUCAGUUAUUAGAACAAGACCGUCAAGCGGAACACGACAGAAAGCUAGCACUGGAAUAUCAAGACAGGGUAUGUGCCAGUUAAUCAUUACUUGUGAUUAUUGAAGAUCUGGUCAAGAUGUUUCAGCGUAGAGCGCUUUUCAAUUGAGUGUCAUAAGACCGAAACCAUAGUAAGCACAUCGACCAAUCAGAUUAGAGAGAAAUCCAAAAGGACUAAUGAGAGGGCGAUGUUAGCGCACGUGACCGGCGUUAAGCGCGGUAAAAUGUGAGUGACCCAAUGGCGAUUGGUUAUAGUUUUGCAUCUGAUUGAUUGAGGGGAUAACGCCAGUUUUCUAGCCGUCCUAAUUGAAAGCAGCUUACAAGGAUUUUUUCUUGAGCUGUUUAACACGGUCCUUCGUGAAGGCUGUGUCCUUAAACUCUCUCCUUUAUGUCUUUCGUAUCUUAAGGAAUUUGCCAAAGAGCUACAGAGAAGGGAAUAUAUUCGAUUACAAAAGCUGAAGAGAGAAAGACAAUUACAGAGAGCACAGUCAGUUCCUGCAGAAAGCUCGUCUGGAAGUACUGGAGAACUGCAGGUGAGUUGUUCGCCUUCAGGAAUAUAACUGCAAGUUCCUUGACUGUUCCCUUAUCUUAGAAGGCUAUGCGUGUUGUUGCAAGCUAAAUUUGCGGAGAUUUAAGACAAGUUUAAAACAAACUGGGUCGAGUGCAUGAUUUCAGGCUUUCGUUGUGAAUUUGCUGGGAUUAAAUUAAUUAUUUGAAACAAGUUUUUCCCCCACCCCUUUUCCCCCCCUUGCAGGGCUCCACCUCCUGCCCCGGUUUUUUGACGGUCGGAUAACACUAUCCACUAGAUAAAUCUCUAUCCGGUGAAUAACGCUAUACGUUUUACUAUCACUUAUCCGCUGGAUCGCGAUUUAUCAGUUGGAUAGUGUUAUCAGCCUUUAUACAACUGGGCCCUGGAAUUUCAAUUUGACAUUUUACAGGACUGGAAAGUCCUGGGAAAAGACAACUGGUCCUGGAAAAUCCUGGAAAUCUGCUUAAAUCAAGAAAUAAAGAUUUCCAGAAUUUAUGUUAUAGGAAAUGUAUGUAGACAGUUAGGAGAAUCGAUUUUAAAAACUUGGGAAUGAAAGGGGCUAAGGUGAUUUUUGGAGUCCUGGAAAAAUCAAUCUGAGUCCUGGAAGAUUUCUUAAAAUUUGUUUCUUAGAAAGGGUGCGAACCUUGAGCUUAGCGCAGAAAGAUUGAGUAAGCUAUUUUUCUUCGUUUAUUUGGUCAUGUAUUUGUUUUUAUUUGCGUAAUUGUUCACAUAUUUCUUUGAUCCUUCCUCUUUCAGUCGCAUCAGAGGCUUCCUUCUUACGAGGAAGCAACACACAGAAACCAAAUGCCCGAUCUACUGCAGGAUGAGCCAGCCUUUAAACCAGAACAAGAUGCUCAAGGAAACGACUUUUCACAUCGUAAAUACAGCUGCCCUGAAAGACCAGCUACCUCGCGUUACAACGGUUCAUUUGAACGAGAAAUUAAUGGUGCAAACCAAUUGUCCCGAACCAGUUCUAAUUCUCCGCCGAGCACGAUACUCGACAGAGAUCCGCUACGCCAACAGGAGUACAGAUCGUCCGAUUCUCCAAACUCAUCGCAGCAAUCUUCGUUGGAAAGAUCGGCAGAAUUUGUCAGGCAAACUUCCCAAACGUCCUCAACUAGUUCAUCGUCUCAAGUUCAGGCUCUCGCGUCUCCGACAUCACCGGUCACCCAAGAAGGGAUCUGGGAACGACUCUAUGAGGAAGGAGACCAGAUUCCGUACGGUUCACGCGACCGUAGAGUCUUGGAACGGAGGGUAACUGUGGCAAGUUCCGAGCCUUCCAAUCAUAUCACCACCGAGUUAGUUAACAAUGGAAGUAUUCCUAAUGGAAAUGAAUGCAACAUUGCAGAAUUUAUAGACCCCACCUUUGGCCGUAAGUCCCAAAAUAGCAGUACAGAAGAAGACCCUACGCCCUCUCCGACGGGAGUUGAGUCGAAAGCUAAAGCAGUGCCGCUGAUACAACCGCACCGUAGGCGCAGCUCAGAUAAAAAAAAAAGAGAGAAAGAAAAAGAAUGCAAACAGCAGUGAAAAUCGGAGGAUAAAGCGAGUGUCCAAGAACAGUUCUUCGUCACUGUAAAUAGUGAAUGGUGCCCGAGUGGUAAGCUCGGUCAAAGUCAUUAGUAUUUUUAAAUAUUGACAGCUAUUGAUAGUUGUACAAUUUAACAUAAAGCCGUAAUGUAAGCCGAGCGAUGUUUCAUCACCGAUAAUUGAUUAUGGUGUUCCCAAGCCUUUCCUCCGCAAAUUAUUAAAGGUAAAGCGAAGGGCACGAUUGAGUACGAGCACUUCCUGCUUUUCGGCAAAGUCCGUUGCACGAGUCAAAACCGAAGGAAAAAAUGAGGGUAAUAAAAAAAUGAUUUUAGCGCAUUGCGCGGAACUCUGGGAAUGAGGUACACGGAAAGUACUCUACUCUGAGCGCGGAAUCCGAAGGUCUGGAGUUCGAUUCCUCGUGGUGACUCAGAAUUUUGCCUUUGUCGCAUACCCGUGAUUUGACGAAAAACGUCUUUCUUUCUUUCUUUUUUUACCGAGCUCAAAACUCACAAUCUUUCUUAUUUUACUCUGCUACUUCCUUGUACCCAGUGUUCAGCGCGGCACGCUAACAAUUUUUUUUACUCUCUGAUCAGUUUUGACUCUCGCUACGAACUUCGCCGAAAUGAAGAAACUGCUCGUAGUCUAAGGACACGAAAGCUCGAGAUCGAACUUACCACGCAUUUUUUAUGUAACAAAAUGGCGUAAUUACCUCUAGAGUACUCUCGUGAGUUUGUGGAAUUAUUUUGCUGGUCAAUAGGUUAUUAAACCAUGCAAGCACUUUGAUAAAGAUAUACGAAAAAGGAUUUCAAGCCGAAAUUAUGAUCUUGAUAAAACUGGAAGAAACCCACAAUUUAAGUUAGUUGGAAAUAAUUUAGCUCUCUCUCCCUCUCUAUGGAAUAUUUUUGCCAGUUUGUAUAGUUUUUAGAUGAUCUAAACGUUUCGUUCUUUGCAAGUUCUUUGCAAGUUAUUCCAUCGAUUUCAGCAGUAAAUGGUAUCCAACUUUAAGAAUCACGUUUUCUUUGACCUCAAGCCAUUUUUUCUUAAAACUCACACCUCUAAGCUGGCGAAGGGAAGUUUAUUUUCAGGAUAUAUUGACGGAAAGACUUGCUGCGUUUUAAAACUUUCAUAUCAAGCAGUUUUAAUAGUAAAUUUUAUUUUUCAGAGAUCGUCCAAAAAAAGAAGAAAAACUGCAAACUAUUGUAUGAUGUACAGAUUUUAUUAAAUGCGUAAUGAUAAGGUACAAGAAAGUUUCCCACAGGAAUUCAGAAAAGUACGUUUUAGAGCUUUAUUUAAACGUUGUGGCUUGUAGCCAUGAGUUAUGCAUCAUCAUGCAACAAGUUAGAGGUGGAACUAUUGUUUUCAGAAGCGAAGUAUGCGGAAUGCUAAAGAAAUAAAACUUCCUCAAAUUUAUUAUGUUUGUGCG